CAUUUCUGUUCGUUCAGGUCUCUAACCUCAUUCUUAUCUCAGCUACAGCUGCUGGCGCGGCGGCUACCACUAUAGUAUAAACGUGAAACGCACACCCCACUCCCUCACUUGGAGUUUAGAUCUACUGGACUGCUCAUAUUAUUUGGAAGAAGUGUGAAAGUAGUGAAGGCUAGAAACGUUUUUCGAUUGUCUUUGCGGAUGUUGCAGUUGUAAAGUGGUCGACGAAGUGGACGCGCGCACAGACGGGGCUGGAUAUCGUGGCAUGUUGUAAUUCUACACCCGACAUCUCACACCCGGAGAGUUUGUGGAGCAUCCAUUGUGCAGGGACCGCCGACUCUCGUCGUAGUGCUAUAAUCAUUGUAUAAUAUAUAUAUUGUAGAGAGGACCAAGGUCAAACCCUCAAAGAUGAACGGCGACUGAAGCAGACCGGAGCGGAGUUCUGCCGCACCAACAGGGGAGGCCUCAUCACGUUCCACGGGCCCGGGCAGCUGGUGGCCUACCCUGUGCUCAAUUUGCAGAAGUUCAAUCCCAGCAUGAAGUGGUAUGUGGGUCAACUGGAACAAACGCUCAUUAAAACUUUACAGAGAUUUGGGUUGUCGGGCCGGACCACAGACCAAACUGGCGUGUGGGUGGACGACAGGAAAAUUGCUUCAAUCGGUCUGCACGGCAGCCGGUAUGUGACAACACACGGAGUGUCCUUGAACUGCGACGUUGACCUGUCGUGGUUCGAGCAGGUGACCCCCUGUGGGCUAGAGGGUGUGGAGAUGACCAGCCUGAGCCGAGAGCUGGAGCACCCCGUGCCGUACCAGGACGCCAUCAAGCCUUUCCUUAGGUCUUUCCAGGACGUGUUUGACUGUGAGCUGGAGUUCAAAAUGCUGGACGAGGGAGAGCUGAAGAGCAUGGGCGUCCAACAUUCUGCGCAGUCUGACCGCGAUAGCCACGCCACUCUGGGCAACAGCGGAAUGCCAAAGCAGGCAGAGCUCGGCCUGCGGCGAAUGUCCACUUCGUCAUCGCGUCCUAUUCCGGCUCAAGAAGAGGCUCCCAAGGUCAUGCCCAUGUGGUAGCGUCUUUGUCGUAGCACAGAAAGCUUUGCCCUCCCGUUGACUUAGGGUUGUGUGACUGCCGCCAUUUCGUAUUCAAAGGAAACCGAGUGGUUGAACGAGGAUGAAACAGGGCCGGGUUCGUGUCCUUUUAAUGCCCUCUAACCACAAAAAACUGCUGGGGAUGACUUCUUCAGAAGGCACUUUGUUUCAUUUUUUCGACAGUCUUGAGUAAAGUAGACUGCACACUCAUUUGGUCCCGACCCCCCCCCCCCCC